AAAAUAUAUUUCAACUAAAAAAAUUCUUUUAAAUAUUUUCUAGAGACCAAACUGACCUAAUUAUCAAUUUGGUCCUUCCUGUGCGUAUGCGCUAUUCCAAUUUUGUGUUAAUAGAGAACGAUAAGCAGACAUCAAAAGGAACAUAAUGGGCGAAGCAUUGUUCGAUCUCGAACAACUUCUCAUUUCCAAAAGGGAAAAAUUGACACCUCAGGAGGAAGGUAUUCUUCUAUCAUGCAAAGGUAAAGCUGUGAGGAAUUUCACUGCAAGUUCACUUCUGGGAGGGGCUGUUGUAUGGGCAGCAACCGGGAAACUCGGGAAAGCAUUUCGAGUAAACCUUUCAGCAGGAGCUGGGGCUUUCUGUGGACUGUGGAUAUUUAGUAGAUCCUUGUUUUCUUGUGCAGACCAUAUUCUUACACUGGAUGGCAGUAUAUUACAGAAGGAGUUAGCAAAUAUAAUGGUGACGAAGUACCAGAAUGAUCCUUCGCUAAUGAAGCUUAUAUCUAAGCAUUUUUAUUCGGAAAGGAUUUAUGAUGAUUCUACCUCUAAUACUCCUAAAUUACGAUGGCGAUACCGUAAUUUUUUUAGUGAUAAUGCAAUCGAUGGAAAGAGGACACAGGAUCAUGGCUCAUAUAAUACAUCCCAAGGCGACUCUCACAAUGAUUCCUAUGAUGAAUCCCAAGGGUAUUCUGAUUCCCUUAAAAAAUCCCAAGACAAGUCUGAAAAUAUUGCUGACAGCAAAAGAACAACUCAUGGGACCAAGCAAAUUUCCCAAGGCAAGUCUGAGAAUAUUACUGACAGCCAAAGGACAGCUCGUGGGACCAAGCAGGUUUUUAUAAAUCCUGGUUCUGAUAUCAUGUCAGAGGUAGACCCUCUUGAUUGUCUUUUUGGUGGUGUUCCAGUAGAGGAGGUUCUUCAUCCUAAUACCACAAACAAACCAUCAGCGACUCAUCAUCGAAGCCAUAGAAGAUAUCACCGUAGGCGUCGAAUGCGUGAUCCUGACGACCUUUCAAAUUCAGUGCACGCAGCAGCUGUUUGAUCCGAAGGGCUUAUGUAAAAUUUGUGCUUUUGUUUAUUCAGAUCUCAUCAGUCUCUGCUAACGGUAUUACCGAAACUGGAAGAGGGUUCCUAGUACCUUAAUAAUAUGAUAUUUGAAGUUGGGUCUAUUUUAAACAAUAUUUGAAGAUAUGAUUCAGAUUAUUGUUAACAUGACUUUGUUUGAGUGCUUUUCAUGAGCCAGAAAUUGUAUGUAUCAGCGUUUACUUUC